UACGGCAUGCAUCGAAGUUAUAUUCAAUUUAGCGUUUAAAAUUGAAAAUAUGGCUAUUAGUUUUUCAGCUUUAUGCCAUUAGAAAUGUAGCAAUUUACUCAUAUUGUUAGUGCUUCAAACUAAUUACUUAUUCUAAUUCUCAUUUUGUCCUUUUCCCUCAUGUCUGCCUCUAGGUCAUCUUUGACAAAAUGGGCAUGGAACUUACUAUAUUGUUAUUUUUACAAUAUUUAUGUGAAUCAUCUGUUGUGUUUUAAUCUGAUUAUUCUCUUAGCAUUUUCAAAUGCUUUUGCGGUUACAAGUGUCUUUGAUAUAUCCUGCAGCGUUUCAAAUAAUUGUAGCAAUAUAACUGGAGAAGUAAUGUGUGAUAUUCAAACUGGCAAGUGCUCUUGUUCUGAAGGACAUGUUCGAAUGAAAAUGCAUCAUCACUGUUUGCCAUUUGUAGGAAUGGGAGAGUAUUGUCUAGACAAUGAGCAGUGCAGGAAAGCAGAUCAAAAUGUAAUUUGCAGUAAAUGGUCUCAAAGGUGUCAGUGUACUGCUGGGUUUGAAUAUGAAACUCAUGAAAGUAACAACACUAAACUAUGCCUAAAAUCUCCUUUGGCAGAAGUGGAGCCAUAUUUUGUGCAUAUAUUUAGUGGAUUGGAUACUGUUCAUAUUGUUUUAGGAUGCUUGACUGGUGGUUUAGCAUUGCUUGCAUGUUUUGCUGGAAUUUUACAACUUGUGAGGAAAAAAUGGACUCGUCCAGGCUGCAGCAAUGAACGUGACUCGCAGUUUUCCCCUGACCUUGGUUUCAGUGUCACAAGUGCUCCUUCUCAGAGUCAACCGUACUCAGACUCACAGUUCAGUGCUACAUCCCCCUGCAUUGCUGAUUUUGCUUGCUUAGAUGGAAAUUCUACUGCUCCACCAACACCGGGUAGUUUUAAUGAUAAAGACUAUGUGGUAACCCCUCCUCCCACGUACGAAGAAGCCCUGAAACAAUCUGGUCCUCGGAAUGCUGGCUCUACUACAACUGUUUGAGCAAUGUGUACAAUGUACAUUCUAUUGAGAAUUAACAAUGGA